GUCUCGCGAUUCCGUUUCGUUUCUCUCCUCUUUUCAUCCUCUUCGCGGCUUCGCGCCCCUGCUUCGAUUCGAGAGCAUCGAGUUCGAGAGGGUCCGCAGAAUCGCCUCGCAUCUCGCGUUUGCGCAACGCCGCCGCGGCGAAAAAUCAUCUGGGAACCCGUGGAACCGGGGGAACCGGGGGGGGAACUCUUGUCGUACCGCGAACGCCCCGGUGUUUCUGAGACACUCGGUAUAAGGCGCUAUAUACCUAUCGCGCAACGGGGCCGACGUGACUUGUUCAGUGACAAUCAUGGCUGGAAUAAAUCCUUAUAAGGGUCUACUAAAGUCCAUCAAAAUUGGAUUGAAGGAGUGCCAAUAUUACGACAUUGGCAGUUUUGGCACAAAUUAUGACAGACUACCAUUUUCCAUCAGAGUUCUCUUGGAAAGUGCCGUGCGCAAUUGUGACAAUUUCCAAAUAACAAAGGCAGAUGUUGAGAAAAUUUUGGAUUGGGAAAAUAAUCAAGCCCAUCAAGAUGGGGUCGAAGUGGCCUUUAAGCCAGCGAGAGUCAUACUGCAGGACUUUACUGGGGUACCAGCAGUCGUGGAUUUUGCUGCGAUGAGAGAUGCUGUGAAGAGACUCGGCGGAGAUCCUGAUAAAAUUAAUCCAGUCUGCCCAGCGGACCUCGUAAUCGAUCAUUCGAUUCAGGCUGAUUUUACGAGGAGCAAUGAUGCCCUAAAAAAGAAUGAGGACCUUGAAUUUGAGAGAAACAAGGAACGUUUCAUGUUUCUCAAAUGGGGUGCAAAGACGUUUAAAAACAUGUUAAUUGUACCUCCCGGAAGCGGUAUCGUGCAUCAAGUGAAUUUAGAGUAUCUAGCGAGAGUGGUAUUUGAUUCGGACAAUCUUCUGUAUCCCGAUAGUGUAGUUGGCACUGAUUCUCAUACUACCAUGGUCAAUGGCCUGGGUGUACUUGGAUGGGGGGUUGGCGGUAUCGAAGCAGAGGCUGUUAUGCUUGGUCAAGCGAUUUCUAUGUUAAUACCAAAAGUCGUGGGAUACAAAUUGGACGGUGUAUUAAAUCAAUAUGCCACAUCUACAGAUCUUGUUCUAACUAUUACAAAGAAUCUUCGACAAAUCGGAGUGGUUGGAAAAUUUGUCGAAUUCUACGGACCAGGCGUAGCGCAACUAAGUAUUGCGGAUCGUGCCACCAUUUCUAAUAUGUGCCCAGAAUAUGGUGCAACCGUGGGCUUCUUUGCAGUAGAUCAACAAAGUUUAGCAUAUCUCAAGCAAACAGGUCGAUCCGAGGAACACAUUGAUAAGAUUGAGAAGUACCUUAGAAACGUACGCAUGCUGAGGAAUUUUGACGACCCGAGCCAAGAUCCAGUCUUCUCCGAAGUGGUCACUUUGGAUUUGAGCACUGUAGUUUCCAGUGUCAGCGGACCGAAGAGACCUCACGACAGAGUUUCAGUAUCCGACAUGCAAAUAGAUUUCAGGAAUUGUCUUGUAAACAAGAUAGGCUUCAAAGGUUACGGUUUAACCCCAGCGAAGGUGGAUACCGUAGGGAAGUUUAAAUACGAAGGAAAAGAAUACGAAUUGAAACAUGGCUCGGUAGUCAUCGCGGCUAUUACCAGUUGUACGAAUACCAGCAACCCUAGCGUUAUGCUUGGAGCAGGCCUUCUUGCUAAAAAGGCAGUGGAAGUUGGCUUGAGCGUCGAGCCGUAUAUAAAAACAUCAUUGUCACCUGGUUCCGGAGUCGUUACUUAUUAUCUCCAGGAAAGCGGUGUGAUUCCGUAUCUGACAAAGUUAGGAUUCGACAUCGUGGGUUACGGAUGUAUGACCUGUAUCGGAAACAGCGGCCCACUUCCUGACGCUAUAGUCGAGACUAUUGAAAAGAAUGAACUCGUUUGCUGUGGCGUUCUGUCAGGCAAUAGAAACUUUGAAGGCAGAGUCCAUCCGAAUACCCGAGCGAAUUACUUAGCGUCCCCGCUUCUGGUUAUAGCUUAUGCUAUUGCCGGUACUGUGAACUUUGACUUUGAGAAGCAGCCAUUGGGUCACAAAGCCGAUGGGAGUCCAAUAUUUUUGCAAGAUAUCUGGCCGACCAGAGCGGAAAUUCAAGCUGUUGAGCAGAAAUACGUCAUUCCAGCCAUGUUCAAAGAAGUCUACAGUAAAAUUGAGCAUGGUAGCGGCAGUUGGGCAAAUUUGGUAGCACCUGAGGGCAAGCUGUACCCGUGGGACGUUAAUUCUACGUACAUCAAAAACCCACCCUAUUUCGAUAACUUAUAUAAGGAGUUGCCUCCAAUAAAAUCAGUCACUAAAGCGCGAGUGCUUGUAAAUCUUGGAGAUUCCGUUACGACCGAUCAUAUUAGCCCGGCGGGCAGUAUCGCGCGUAAUUCGCCAGCAGCGAGAUAUCUAGCUAAUCGAGGCUUGACGCCGAAAGAUUUUAAUUCUUAUGGCUCGCGCAGAGGAAACGACGCCGUGAUGGCACGGGGCACAUUCGCUAACAUUCGUCUCGUGAAUAAAUUCAUUGGUAAAGCGGGACCACGAACAAUUUACAUUCCAACUAAUGAAGAGAUGGACGUAUUCGACGCGGCCGAGAGAUACGUGAAAGAUGGGACGCCUCUGAUCGCUCUGGUUGGCAAGGAAUACGGAUCCGGAUCUUCCAGAGAUUGGGCCGCCAAAGGGCCGUAUCUACUUGGUAUUCGAGCAGUCAUAGCAGAGUCGUAUGAAAGAAUACACAGAUCUAACCUUGUGGGUAUGGGCAUUGUCCCACUACAGUAUCUUCCUGGGGAAAACGCAGAGUCCUUAGGAUUAACAGGUUAUGAGCAAUACGAUGUUGCGAUUCCCCCGAAUUGCCAACCUGGAGAAAAGAUCACUGUGAACACGGACAACGGCAAGAAAUUCGAGGUGAUUGCACGAUUUGAUACGGAAGUUGACUUGACUUACUUUAAACACGGCGGUAUUCUCAAUUACAUGAUUCGUACGAUGCUUUGAUGAGUGAUUUAAAAAAAAAGAAUCUAAAUGAUCUUAGAAGAUUACUUAAUGAGAUACUUAAUAUUGGUUUUGGGAUAUAAGAUGUAUCUCUUUCAAACGAGAUGAGUAAAGCUGUAUUGUAUGCAGGCGCUAUCGUAGUAAAUGUCUAUUUCUUUCAUCUAAAUAUUGAUUAACAUGGCAUUUGCAAUAUUCGUGUAUAGCACGCCAUCAAUUAACAUAUUUAUUUCAUAACAUUUCAAAUUUUUGUUAUCUAAGUUUGUAACUGCACUGUAAUUUUACAGUGGAAGUAGUCCAAAGUUAAAUAAAGCGUUUCUUAUUAGUAGAUUAAAUCUUUGCCGUUGUUCGAAAAAAUUGUUUUUUUUUUUGUAUUUUAUAAUCGUUAUAUAUCUUACAUAUAUGUAUGGGAAACCUAUAUCGUCUUCGCUUUUAUGUAUGCAUCGCAAUAAUAAUAAAUUGCUGCAAUAUUGUUGCAAUAAAAUUGACUUUCUUUAUUAUACAGAUACAGAUUACUCUUAAUUAUAUGUCAAUAUGUUUAAGGUGUGAAUCUAGAAAAAAAAUGUCAUACGAAUACGAAUUAUUCACAUACAUAAAUUACUAUGAGGUAUUGGCAUAUAAUUAUAUACAGUACAAUAACUGCAAUUGUAUCAUUACAGUUUAUACAUAAGGUAAUGUAAUAAAGUAAUAAAGUAAUGUGUCGCUGUU